AAAAUAAGAAGAUAGUAAAUUAAAGGCGGUAAAGUUCAUUCUUUCUUCUUCCUCAUUCUUCAAAUCCCAGUUGUUCUCUGGUUUCUCAGAGUCGGUCAUUCCUUCAACUGAGCUCAAUCAAAUGCCAUGGAUUCACAGACCCAAAACACGUCGUUGCAGAGGCUUCAAACUGUGGAGAAGAGAAUCGUGAAGGUUUUGGAGCUGGCCGCAAGUGUGAUGGACGAGCUUGCAAACCCUACUGGUCCCAGAAGGGAGUCCAUCAACAACCAUGUUCGCCAGUUCAUGCAAUUGAUCAAAGAUAUUCAAAUGGCAUUGCGGGAUGAAAUCAAAAGUGCGUGUGAUUACCGUCCAUUUGAGAAGUGUGAUUACAGUUCAAGAAUAGCUAACGAGAUCUGUUGCAAGAAACUGGAAUAUGUCAUGUCACAGUUAGAUGGAAUGAAAGAAACAAUAGAUGAUUAUCAUACUGCAGUUUGAAGAUGCGUGGCAGACAAUGUAAUAUGUUGAGAGUUCCGACCGUCAGGUUUCUCCUCACAAAGGAUUGAUAAUUCUAGUCUAGAUGAUGACAUAGUUCAAUCAGGCAACUUAAUUACACAGUGUUCUUGUAGUCUGGUUUUACUGUGACAUUUUUUCCCUAUUGUUUAGUUAGUGUGGAAAGUUGGAGUAUGCAAUUAUGCAUUAGGU